UGCGGGUGUUGUGAGCGGGAAGAUUAUAUAUGAACAGGAAGGGGUUUAUAUUCACUCAUCUUCGGGAAAGACCAGUGACCAGGACAGCUUGAUUUCAGGAAUAUUACGUGUUUUAGAAAAGGAUGCUGAAGUAAUAGUGGACUGGAGACCAUUGGAUGAUGCAUUAGAUUCUUCUAAUAUUCUCUAUGCUGGAAAGGACUCCAGCUCAGUUGUAGAAUGGACCCAGGCCCCAAAAGAAAGAGCUCAUCGAGUAGCAGAACAUCUGAACAGUUACGAAGCAGAGUGGGACAUGGUUAAUACAGUGUCAUUUAAAAAGAAACCACAUACUAAUGGAGAUGCUCCAAGUCAUAGAAAUGGGAAAAGCAAAUGGUCAUUCCUGUUCAGUUUGACAGACCUGAAAUCAAUCAAGCAAAACAAAGAGGGUAUGGGCUGGUCAUAUUUGGUAUUCUGUCUAAAGGAUGACGUCGUUCUCCCUGCUCUGCACUUUCAUCAAGGAGACAGCAAACUACUCAUUGACUCUCUUGAAAAAUAUGUGGCAUUAUGUGAAUCUCCACAGGACAAAAGAAUACUUCUUGUGAAUUGUCAGAAUAAGAGUCUUUCACAGUCUUUUGAAAAUCUUCUUGAUGAACCAGCAUAUGGUAUAAUACAGAAAAUUAAAAAGGAUCCUUAUACAGCAACUAUGGUAGGAUUUUCCAGAGUCACAAACUACAUUUUUGAUAGUUUAAGAGGCAGUGAUCCUUCCGUACAUCAGCGACCACCUUCAGAGAUGGCAGAUUUUCUUAGUGAUGCUAUUCCAGGUUUAAAAAUAAAUCAACAAGAAGAACCAGGAUUUGAAGUCAUCACAAAGAUUGAUUUGGGUGAAAGACCUGUUGUUCAAAGGAGAGAGCCAGUAUCAUUGGAAGAAUGGACUAAGAAUGUUGAUUCUGAAGGAAGAAUUUUAAAUGUAGAUAAUAUGAAGCAGAUGAUAUUUAGAGGGGGACUUAGUCAUGCAUUGAGAAAACAAGCAUGGAAAUUUCUUCUGGGUUAUUUUCCUUGGGACAGUACCAAAGAGGAAAGAACUCAGUUACAAAAACAAAAGACUGAUGAAUACUUCAGAAUGAAACUGCAGUGGAAAUCUGUCAGCGAGGAACAAGAGAAAAGAAAUUCGAGGUUAAGAGAUUAUAGAAGUCUUAUCGAAAAAGAUGUUAACAGAACAGAUCGAACCAACAAGUUUUAUGAAGGCCAAGAUAAUCCAGGGUUGAUUUUGCUUCAUGACAUUUUGAUGACCUACUGUAUGUAUGAUUUUGAUUUAGGCUAUGUGCAAGGAAUGAGUGACUUACUUUCACCUCUGUUAUAUGUGAUGGAAAAUGAAGUGGAUGCUUUUUGGUGCUUUGCCUCCUACAUGGACCAAAUGCAUCAAAAUUUCGAAGAGCAGAUGCAAGGCAUGAAGACCCAGCUUAUUCAGCUAAGUACCUUACUUCGGUUGUUGGACAGUGGAUUUUGCAGUUACUUAGAAUCCCAGGACUCUGGAUACCUUUAUUUUUGCUUCAGAUGGCUUUUAAUCAGAUUUAAAAGGGAAUUUAGUUUUCUAGAUAUUCUUCGAUUAUGGGAGGUAAUGUGGACUGAACUACCAUGUAAAAAUUUUCAUCUUCUUCUCUGUUGUGCUAUUCUGGAGUCAGAAAAACAACAAAUAAUGGAAAAACAUUAUGGCUUUAAUGAAAUACUUAAGCAUAUCAAUGAAUUGUCCAUGAAAAUUGAUGUGGAAGAUGUACUAUGCAAGGCAGAAGCAAUUUCGCUACAGAUGGUAAAAUGCAAGGAGUUGCCGCAAGCAGUUUGUGAGAUCCUGGGGCUUCAGGAUAGUGAAGUUACAACACCAGAUUCAGACAAUGGGGAAGAUGAAAACGUUGGCAUGACUAUUUGUCCUGCAUCUGCAUUUCAGAGUAACUCGUUGCCUGUCCUUACUGCCAGUGGAGGCAGAGAUGACAACCCAACAGAAAUACCCAUGUCCCCAAAUGUCAGCAGAUUAACACCUGCAUGAUCAUUCUUUGAAGAGACACUUUGUUACAACUUUUUUUCAAGUACUUGAAAGGUGGAAAUUUGAAAUCUUGGUAUUGAUCGUGCUUUAAGGUUUAUGGAAAGAAUGUGUACUGAUGUUCUUGCAUUAAAGCUUUACAAAGAUUUAAACUAAUUAUUUUUGUAGUUACUUCUACCAAAUAGCCUUUCCUUUUCAAUAACAUUCCUUAGUAUUUUUUAUAGCUAAGUACAUUUUAUUUUCUUGCUGAUGAACUGGAAUUGGAAAAAUAGUACAAGUGGAUGAGUUGGAAAUUAUGCACUUUGAAAACAUUCACUUUGUUUACUCCAGGUUUAGCAGGUUUGGAUUUGAUUAAAUGCUGAGCCUUUCUAUAGCUUUCUAAGCUGAGAAGUAGGUUGUGGCCCAGUGAUGAAAUGAAAGAAUUUAUUUUUCUCUCUUGUUUACAAAAAUACUUAGCUUAAAUAUUUACACUGGUUGAAUGUGAUUUAAAUUGGACAUUUUCAUCAAUGCAAUUUAAUGUGUAGAUAAAGAGCUAUUUCAACCAUAAUAAGUGGAUUGGCAGUAUAUUUUUUACAUUGAACUUUUCUUCACUUGUAUAUAAAGACUGUAUAAGUACUUAUUUAUGAGUAUAAGAAAGGAUAGGCAUAUUUUCUUUAAUUGAAUAAACUUGACUAUUGAUUUAUAUAACCUGAUUUCACAAAGUAAAUACAUAGCUUCAGUAUGAGAUCUUUUUCAAAGCUAUUUUCUUAACCAAACAUUUAUUUCAGGAGACUACAUUCAACCCCAUAUCUGGUGUAAUUUUCAGGUUAAUUGCGUAUAGUCUCAUUUUACUAAUAAUGUUUACUAUCUUUCCUAAUAAUGCAUUAACUGAUUAAUCAGGUCUUUAAAUUUUUAUGAAAUACUCUUUACCAAAA